AUGAAUAAGAGACAUCCAUUUGGUCUUCCAAUCUGGAAACCUGCUUUGUACAAAAAAUCACGCUCGGUGGUCCGCAAGGCCAACAGUUCCCUUCAUGCCUCCCCAUCUUCCUCGCCAGAACUGUUUCUUAACCCAGGAAACAUUGCAUGGACAUUAGUAUUUGGAUGGUGGCUAGCUUUGGUGAUGUUUAUCAUCUCAAUUGUUAUGAUAAUAAUCCCCACAAACGGACGUGCCUAUGCACUUGUGCUCAGAGAACUAGCAGCAUAUCUUCUGUGGCCAUUUGGCAGAUACAUCGAAAGACAUGUUGAGAUCACUCCAUCUGAUCCAAGACAUCCUUCUGCUUCCGUAGAUGAGGAGUCAGGGCUGUUGCAGAACCAAAGAGCUGAUGAUACAGCUCAGAGAAAUAAGCCAACUCUGAAACAAAGAAUCUCAAGUGUAUUACGGCUUGGUUUGGCUGGUUGGAUCUACUAUGUUUUAUUUUUUGUAAUCGCAGCUCCACUUCUGCUGCUUGUGUCUACUAUAUGCUGGCUGUGUGUCGUUACCAUUCCAAUGGCUAAGCUAAAUUACAUUCUCCUGCGCCAUCUUUACCGUCAUCCACUCACACUGCGUUUCAAAUCAAGUCCAUCCGGUCAGUCCCAGAUGAACGCAACCGGCAAGCCUAUCAUCAUCUUGCUGUGUACAUACCAGGCCAUCGGAUUGCAGUAUUACAAAUACACCUAUGAUGGCAUCAAUAUCAUGUUCAUCAAUUUACUACCCAUCGUGUUCUUUGUCAUAUUUGACGACCAUGUUCUCAAAAAAUAUCUCCCAGACUCUAUCGUCACAUCACCAACAGCCAUCUUCUCACUUUCCUUGGCGUCUGUCAUCCCACUUUCAUACUUUAUCGGAAUGGGUGUCAGUUCUGUGUCAGCCCAGAGUAGUAUGGGUGUGGGUGCAGUAAUCAACGCUACCUUUGGUAGUAUCAUCGAAAUCAUUCUCUAUUCUGUGGCCCUGAUGGGUGGGAAGAGUGCUUUGGUUGAAGGUUCCCUGAUAGGAAGUAUCUUGGCCGGUGUUCUCUUACUCCCAGGUUGUUCCAUGAUAAGUGCUGGUGUAAAACGAAAGGAACAGCGUUUCAAUGCUAAAAGUGCCGGUGUUACAUCCACUAUGCUUAUUAUGGCCAUCAUUGGCAUCUUGACACCCACAUUGUUUUACCAAAUGUUAGGAUCCUUUGAACUACGGUGCACCGGGUGUCCAGAGUCGAGCAAUGGUACAGGUGUGAUUGCUUGUUCCCAGUGUUACUAUGACCAGAUGAACCCGACCUUGGAUCCAGUUUACCAGAACAGUGUCAAGCCUCUCAUGUGGAUAUGUGCCGCUAUCCUUCCUUCGGUUUAUUUUAUAGGAUUAGUGUUUAGUUUGCACACACAUGUGGAUAUGGUCUGGAAGAGCUCUACUCCAAAAGCCCCCAAACAACCCCACCAAUCAUACUACCAGCGAUUAUUGCCUGCUCAUAUCCUUUCUCAUCUCACACAUCAUCCCGCAACUGCCAAGGAUGUUGCACCGUCUCAGACUAUACCAGUAACAACAUCUGGACCAGCUUCAUUGGCUCUCUAUAGCGCCACACAAAACUUGCCGCAUACAACAUCUUCUCCCCCUCUUCCUUCCCAUUCUCCUCCACCUACUACUGCUCAAAUCCAGGACUCUACUGCUGGCAGCAAUACAACUCUCUAUAACCCUCAUAACCCUAACUUUAUACCAAUUGUUGGACCAAACAACCUUCCAGCUACUCCUAUAACUUUUAUCCACGCCAAAGAACCUGAUGAGGAUGAGGAUGAAGAAGAGGCCGCUGGACACGACUCGCCUAAUUGGAGUAAGACCAAGAGUUUCACAGUUUUGUUCGGCUGCACAUUGCUGUAUUCUAUUAUUGCCGAGAUCUUGAUCGAAACAGUUGAUCUGGUUAUGGACAGUCUGGUAGUCGAUGAGAAGUUUUUGGGAUUAACCUUGUUUGCGUUGGUACCAAACAUUACCGAGUUUAUGAACGCUAUUUCGUUUGCUUUGAAUGGAAACAUUGUUCUCAGUAUGGAAAUUGGUUCGGCGUAUGCACUUCAAGUGUGCCUGUUGCAGAUCCCAGCCAUGGUUGGGUUCUCCCUUUGGUACAACUGGGAUAAAGAAGAAGUUGCUCGCUAUACCUUUAGUCUGGUAUUUCCUCGUUGGGAUGUCAUCUCGGUUAUAUUCUCGGUGUUUUUGUUGACUUAUACUUACCAAGAAGGCAAGGCCAAUUACUUCAAGGGCUCAAUCCUUAUCCUCAGUUACUGUGUUCUGGUGGCUGGAUUCUAUUAUAUCCCACCAUCAGCC